AUGACUGCUGCGUGCUCGGUCGUGGGUCCCACUGUUGACAGGCAUAUCGUCAUUGCAAGCUACGUAUGUAGUCCGCACCUCGGUGUUAUCGUGGGGCGUGUCGUCGUGCCUGCGCGGAGUCCUCGGAAGACGUUCCCCAGAAGCGUAGGUCAGCUGACGAUCUUCCAUGGAACAACCCUGGCCCGCGGCUGUGCUGGGCGUGUGGGAACCUGUCAUGCGGUGGGGAGGGGGAGCACAGCACAGCAAACCACAGUACAGCGCAGUACAACACAGCACGGCACAUUCAUGCUCGACUGGCACGCCACGUCCAAAGAGAACUGGAUGGUAUUCGCGAAUCGAUCGCUCAAAGCCUGUCGGCUAUCUGCUAUAUGUGUGGAUGCAGCCUCGAACGGGGCAGAUUGA